AUGCAAAAUGUGGGUCCGGGAUUGGCUGGCCUUUUCGUUGUUUGCAACCUCAUCACGACUUCAUCUCGGGAUAUCAGAUCGAGCCGCAAAUAUGGGGGCUUGCAGCAGCCACUGAAGACUCAAAAAGGCAGCCGAGCCUCAUUCAAAGACAAUAAGUCGGCUUUCCAUCCGGUUCAUUGUCUUUUGCCUUGUCAAGCGCUCAACUUCGCCAUUCAACUCGGCGCAGCCGCGGGGAGACUUUUUGAUGACAAGAAGACAAAUUGGGUUCUACUCGGCUGUGAAGACAACCGUCUAAGAAACCAUCAUGCCCUAUUCUAG